GCGUUCAUUGUUUGGCUUGUGUUGUCUUCUUGGUUGAUUGAGGUUUUCGAGUUGAUUGAUAAGUUGAGUUCUUUUGGCUGGAUCUUGGUCGUUCUUCUUGUUUCUUGGAGGUGUUUUGAGUAGGUGUUUUUAGUAGGAACUCGCUUAUUUCUCGUAAAGAAUAUCAAAUAAUAUAGUGUUUACAGUUAACCACAUAUUGUUGAAUCUCUCCUUCUUGCAAUACGAUGACAGAUGCCCAUUUUUUCAUCCCAGCGAUCAAAAUCGAAAAAGAGUUGAUUGAUGAUUUUAGAAUAUCAUCAUCAGUCAUUGAUAUUUUUAAAGAACUUGAAAUUAAACAUGAGAGUAAAAUAGCGAGAGAAAAAGAAGAAGCGAAAGAAAGAAAGAGAUUAAGACAGAAGAAAUACAGUUCAAGAGAAGAUGUUAAAGAAAGAGCCAAGAAAUACCGUGAAAGAGAAGACGUUAAAGAAAGAGCCAAGAAAUACCGUGAAAGAGAAGACGUUAAAGAAAAAAAUAGAAUUACAGAGAAGAAAUACCGUGAUAGAGAAGACGUUAAAGAAAAAAAGAGAAUUGCAGACAAGGAACGAUAUGCAAGAGAAGAAGUUAAAGAAAAAAUGAGAACUGCAGAGAAGGAACGAUAUGCAAGAGAAGACGUUAAAGAAAGAGCCAAGAAAUACCGUGAAAGAGAAGAUGUUAAAGAAAAAAAUAGAAUUACAGAGAAGAAAUACCGUGAUAGAGAAGACGUUAAAGAAAAAAAGAGAAUUGCAGACAAGGAACGAUAUGCAAGAGAAGACAUUAAAGAAAGAGCCAAGAAAUACCGUGAAAGAGAAGACGUUAAAGAAAAAAGGAGAAUUGCAGACAAGGAACGAUAUGCAAGAGAAGGAAAAAAAGCAAAAAUCAUGCGAAUGCGAAAUGCAAGAGAAGACGUUAAAGAAACAAAUGUAAUAGUAGCCAAGGAACGAAACGCAAGUGAAAAGAAAGGAGAGAGCAAGAAAGCACCACCGACUUCUAUUAUUCCCAAACCGGGAACUAAACCAACUUCCACUCUUACACGGUUUCGCUGUAUACUGCCAGCACCUGUGCCCACUACACCUCUACCAGUGACGUGUCUUCCGGUGAUUGAAAUCCCAUUCGUUGAGCGGCCAACUGAACCAGAAAAACGGCCACCGCCCAACGCCAGUCAUCGUAGUGUUACAUGUGAGGAUGAGAUUGACGUCGAGUUUGAUGACGGCGACAACAGCCGGAUUCCCGUCAGUCAAAUUAUACUUCUACCGCCAGAUUAUCCCGUGUUGGGCAAAAAGGGAUACCGAACCACUGCUGCAGUUAGAAGACCUAUACGAUUUAUUGACGAAAUCCAGCGUAUAGCGGUGAACCAUAUCAACCGUAUUUAACCUUGUAGCGUGGUUGCGUUGGCUAAAAAGGAAAUGCUUUGACACCUUAAUUGUAUCUUACUGUGUAGGAUCGUAUCGGUGCCCGUUUACUCGUUUAGCCAUAUGUAUCUCUUGAAUCGGGCAUCAUACUAUUUAAACUUGGAACAUCAAUAAUACUGGUAAACUCUUAA